AAUCAGCUGCCGCUGGCGGGAUCCAAUUAGGGAGUGUAUUUUUAAUUCGCAUCAGCAUACAUCGGAAUUUAAACAAUCCAGGAUGCGGAAAUACCAGCAGCUGGUGCUGCUCCUGAUCUCCUGCCUCAGCGUGGGCAUACUGCUGAUGUACAAGACCGAGAACAACCGCCUCAAAUACGUUCUCAAGUACGUGAACUUCUUCGGGCGCAACGAUGCCGCCGUUCUCCGGCGCCUGGAAAACGGAACCAAGGAUGACGGACCCCAGGCCGUCCUGUGGCGACCCCUGCCCGUGUGGCAGAUGAUCGGCGACUCCUUCCACGCCUACUCCGCCUACUGGAUGCGCAACGAGUUGGUGGCCGGCGGCGAGGCCCACGUUUUGGUCGUUGGAAAGAAGGGAGCUGUGGUGGACUUUCGAUGCACCCUGGACCUUCAGGGCGGGCGCAGUGUGCAGGGAAAGUUUCGCUUCCAGCGGGACUCCAUUGAGACCCUUGUGGACGACAAGUCCACCAACUUCACCAGCUACCACUUCUUCUGCCAGGUGAGCCGGGAUUUCGGUCAGCCCGGCAGUGUCUCCUUCACGGACAUCACCACCACAAAGAGUCCGGUGAAAUUGCGCCUGCGGAACCUGAAGCCAGCGAGCAAGAAGAGCGACAGCAAACAGGUGGCUGCAGUUCCUUCUCGACUGCCGGCCACCAUCUGCGUGGAUCUCGUCGGCUUCAACAUGACCUCCAAGUUCGCUCGCAGCGAGAACGCCCUGCUGCAGUUCUUCCUGUUCCACCAGGCCAUAGGAAUCGAGAAUUUCCUUGUGUACAACUACGACGAGCUGCCCGAGGAAGUGAUUCACCUGCUGGAUCGGACCAACAUUAAUCUUUACGGUCUUCCAUUCAACUUUCCCUUUCGGCAAACCAAUGGGACACAAUCACGGAUCCACCAACUGUUACUCACGGACUGCCUGCUGCGGAAUGUGAACCACGCCAGCUUCACCUUAUUACUCCGUCCCAACGAACUUUUCUUCCCCAACUCUCGAUUCUCUGUAAGUCGGGCAACGGGAUCGAUCCAGCAGCAGCUGCGACACUUCUCCUCGGAAACCAGCCGCUUUGAACUGGCCACCAUGUCCGUGUGCUACGACGAACGCAAGAAACUGCUGCCCGACAACGUUCAGUACGAUCCGGAGCGAAGAUCCGCUUACAAAUCCUUGCUGAACCGCCUGGAGCAGCCACCUGCGCAACUCCUGGCCAGCACGUCCGAGGUGGAGCUGUCGUUGUCCACCGGGUUCGUGCAUCGCUACGUGGACUGCGAGCACGUGGGCAGCGACGGCCUGCACGACUGGCGCAACUCCGUGCGUGAGGACUUUAUGCAGCACAUCAACGUUCUGCGUAACGAGGUGGACCUGCUCAUCUAAGAAUACAUAUUAUAGCCUUUAGUUUGAGAUUUACAUGUAGCUCGGAGAGAUUACUUGACUGCCAUAAAAGGAAUAAAAGUAAGCACACAA